UUCUUCGCCCUUCGAUUUGAAAGAAAAAAAAAAGGAGGAGGGAGGAGGAGGAAAAGAAAGGGCAAUUAAGAAGAAGAAAGAAGGAAAGGGGGGAGGGCGAGGAACGGCCCCCCGGCCGGCUCCAGGGCCACCGGCCCCAGCCCGGGGAAGCCGAGGGGAGUUCACCUUUUAAACUUUUUUCUCGGGACCCCCGUUCGUAACCCAAGUGUUUCCUCCCCCGUCCCGCGCCCCAAAAUGAAAGGACCGAAGCAGGGGGAGCCUCGUCAUCCUCGGCCCACUGCGUUUCCUGCUGCAUCUGGCGGAGAGGAGCCCGGCGUGCCGGAUUGUUUGGUCGCGUAAAGUCUACAAGUGUGUGUGUAUACACAGACGUGCACACAUACACAGACAAUCGCGCGCGCUUACACACACGCGCGCGCGCGCACACACACACACACACACACACACAGACGGUGGACCGAGGGACCAGAGCUUCGGAGCGAAUGUUUCGGCCCCAAACCCAGAGAGGAGUCCAAAGGAAGGCGAGAAGAGCCCGAAGCCUGCUCCGGUCUUAGUGCAAAGCAAGGGGCACCUGGGUGGAAGGCUCGCUGCCCUCGGGGCAAGUGUGUGUCGUGGGGGCGGGCGGGCGGGGACGAGGGGGGGUCUCACCCCCUUGUGAAAGACUUUUUUUUUAUUUGUUGUAAAGUGUUUCGCACAAUCACGCCCACAUUUGGGGUUGGAAAGCCCUAAUUACUGCCAUCUCUGAUGGACGUUGGGAACCCAGCCAUCAGAAGAGCGCAGCUCGGCUCCACGGGCACCAGGGCGCUAGCGCAGGAUCCAGGUUCCCCUCCUCCGGUCCCGCCGUCCGCCUCGACUCGAGACUUUCUCCCCAUCUCGGCCUCUAGGGGCCGGGCAGCUUCCCCAGCGGCCGGUCACCCGAGGCCGCUCCACUACCACUGUGGGCUCCGGCGCGAGCUCCCGCUGGGGCUGCCGCCGCCGCCGCCGCCACCACAGCCACCGCGGCUCCCGCAGCCCGCGGUCCCUGCUCUGCAAGACACCCACCCGGGACUGCGCGGUCCUGCCCGGCCCGACGCCGCUCCGCUGGGAUUCCUGGGCUGCUCUCCCUGAGCUGGGACCUCCAUCCAGCAGCCCCCUCCCCCUGAGCCAUGGAGAAGCCCGUCGGGAUAUCGGUCCAAGGAGGUGCUUUGGGAUCGGCUGGCCCGGCCACUGCGAUGCCUUCGAAGUUGUCUCUGGUGGCCUUGGCCAUUUUCGUCUCAGUUACCCAAGUUGUGAUAGAAGCCAGCUCUUGGUGGUCACUGGGCAUGAAUAACCCUGUUCAGAUGUCAGAAGUCUAUAUUAUAGGAGCUCAGCCCCUGUGUAGCCAACUGGCGGGACUCUCUCAAGGCCAGAAGAAACUCUGUCAUCUCUAUCAAGACCAUAUGCAAUAUAUUGGAGAAGGAGCAAAGACGGGCAUCAAGGAGUGCCAGUAUCAAUUCCGACACCGUCGCUGGAACUGUAGCACUGUGGAUAACACCUCCGUUUUUGGAAGGGUCAUGCAGAUAGGUAGCAGGGAGACGGCCUUCACCUAUGCGGUCAGCGCUGCCGGGGUAGUGAAUGCCAUGAGCCGGGCCUGCAGGGAAGGGGAACUGUCCACCUGUGGCUGCAGCCGCGCCGCCCGUCCCAAAGACUUGCCUCGAGACUGGCUUUGGGGAGGUUGUGGGGACAACAUUGACUAUGGGUACCGCUUCGCCAAGGAGUUUGUGGAUGCUCGGGAGCGGGAGAGAAUCCAUUCCAAAGGCUCCUACGAGAGCGCCCGAACCCUGAUGAACCUGCACAACAACGAAGCCGGGAGGAGGACGGUCUACAACUUGGCCGACGUGGCCUGCAAGUGCCACGGCGUGUCGGGCUCGUGCAGCCUGAAGACCUGCUGGCUGCAGCUCGCCGACUUCCGGAAGGUGGGGGACGCCCUGAAGGAGAAGUACGACAGCGCCGCCGCCAUGAAGCUCAACAGCCGCGGCAAGCUGGUGCAGGUGAACAGCCGCUUCAACACGCCCACCACGCAGGACCUGGUCUACAUCGACCCGAGCCCGGACUACUGCGUGCGCAACGAGAGCACGGGCUCGCUGGGCACGCAGGGCCGCCUGUGCAACAAGACCUCGGAAGGCAUGGACGGCUGCGAGCUCAUGUGCUGCGGCCGCGGCUACGACCAGUUCAAGACGGUGCAGACGGAGCGCUGCCACUGCAAGUUCCACUGGUGCUGCUACGUCAAGUGCAAGAAGUGCACCGAGAUCGUGGACCAGUUUGUGUGCAAAUAGCGGGCCGCUGCCUCCGGCAGGGGGCGCCCUCCCCCGGGACUAUCUCCGCCUUAUUUAUAGAGCGCUCGAGGACGCCCCCUCCCGCGCACUCCCGCCCCCAGAGAAGCGACUAGAACGUUUUCUGCUCCCACCCAAGAACCACGUGGUCUAUUAUUGUUAUUAUUAUUGUUAUUGUUAUUAUAAUUAUUUGGCAAAAAA